CCUUCUUCAUCGGCAGAAAAAAGAGAGGAGAGAGUCACCGUCUCUCCGCAUACAUCACCUCGGCCGGCGCUGCUACCGAUCUCCUCCAGAGUCCAAGCCUCCUCACCCAAAGCCAUGGCCGCGCGGCGUCGCUCCCUCCUCAUGCUCCUGCCCCUCCUCCUCUCCCACUUCCUCUCCCUCGCCGCCGCCUUCCAGUCGGACGAGCUGCUCCUCCACGACGACGACGAGUUCGAGGGCACCCGGGUCUCCUCCACCCCCUCCCCCCGGCCGCCCUCGACGCCGCCGGUAGUGUCCUCCCGCCGCCGAUCCGCGGACGCGACGCAGGCGGCUGGCGCCUCCGAGUCCAACACCGCCCAGUUCACCCUCGAGCACGACCUCGGAGCCGGCCUAGGGUUCGCCCCCGCCGGGUCCUUCUCCGCCCGCCUCAAGUCCUCGGCCCACGGCUCCCAGACUCUCACUAAGCUCCGGUUUACGAGGAAUGAGUUGACUGAGGAUGAAAAGAAUGCAUUUAAGAAAUUACUUGAAGAAGAUAGUUUUUACACAAUAAGGCUACCGUCUAAUGUGUUGGAUCCUACAAGAAACGAUUAUAUUUAUUCCUCGAUCAAAGCGAGAUGCAUUCCACGUGACAGCUUGGAUGAACAUAUUGUCAUCCACAUGGACGGUGUAAAUAUUUUGGCUGUUAAUUAUGGUUCCGUUGGUGGAUGCCAAUAUCCCCGGCCAAUGAAAGUACCGUCAAAAUGGACAUUCAAUUCAUACACUAUUCUGAAGACUGCUGACCAAGCACCAAGAACUCCAUCAUUUGUAGAGCAAUUAAUAGAAACUGAGAGUGGACUCGGUGAAGUGAUGAAACCACCUGAGAAAUCUUUCUGGGCUAAAUAUUGGAUGUACAUCAUUCCUCUUGGUCUCAUUGUCAUGAACGCUGUCACAGCAGCAGCAAACAUACCGGAGGAGCAAGCUGGAGGGCAGGGUCAAGCUCCAGCACAAAGGGCGCCAAUUGCUGCUCCAAGGAGAAGAUGAUGGCUUCCUAUAUUCUUUGCAUGCCAUAGAUUCACAAACAAUGGACAGAGGAUGGAUCUGCUUGACCUUCCCCAGAACAGGGGCAGUACUAGCGGCAACAAGACUCACUUGGGUUUUUCUUUUCUCGCAUUCAGAAACUCACCUUUGUUGUAGAAUCACCUCAGAAAAGGUUGCGUGUUCUGGUCGCAUCUACACGCGUAUUUUUGCCUGUUGAUAGAAAUUACCAUCAGUCUUUAACUCGGUGCAAACUGCAUGCCUUAAUAUUCAGAACUAGCUUAAUUACAAAUAUCAAACAUUGUAUGUUUUGCUCAUAACCCUCCUGUAUCAACGUUUUUGUGCUGCUUGCA